CACGCGUCCCCCUGAACCAUGCGUACUGAGGGCUCGCCGUCGACUCUCGGUGAUUGUUGUUAUGAGUGAAGCAGGCCUCGGACUAAAUUAAAAAGUUCUCCCGCCGCUGCCCCGGGAAACCUGCUCAUGGAGGGCAUGGACGUCGAUCUGGACCAGGAGCUCAUGCAAAAGUUUAGUUGCAUGGGCACCACGGAUAAAGAUGUGCUAAUCUCUGAGUUCCAGAGGCUGCUGGGCUUCCAGCUGAACCCGGCUGGCUGCGCUUUCUUUCUGGACAUGACCAACUGGAAUCUUCAAGCAGCCAUUGGAGCAUAUUAUGACUUUGAGAGUCCAAACAUCAACACGCCGUCAAUGUCUUUUGUAGAAGAUGUGACAAUCGGCGAGGGCGAGUCUGUGCCCCCUGACACACAGUUCACAAAGACGUGGCGGAUACAGAACACAGGAACAGAGUCAUGGCCCCCAGGCGUUUGCCUGAAGUACAUUGGUGGAGACCAGUUCGGUCACGUGAAUAUGGUGAUGGUGAGGUCUCUGGAGCCGCAGGAAAUUUCAGAUGUCAGUGUCCAGAUGCACAGUCCGGCCAAUCCAGGAAUGUACCAGGGCCAGUGGAGAAUGUGUACAGCCACUGGACUUUUCUAUGGAGAUGUGAUCUGGGUGAUCCUGAGCGUAGAGAUUGGGGGUCUGCUUGGGGUCACACAACAGCUGUCCUCCUUCGAGACCGAGUUCAACACUCAGCCGCAUCGCAACGUUGAGGGAGACUUCAACCCCUUCGCCUCACCGCAGAAGAACAAGCAGGACGCCAACGAAGAUAACCUAAAAGACACCAGAGGCCCCUGGGUGGCACCUCUGGACUCCAUACAGCAAGAUCAAAAUGGACUCUCUCACAACUCUGUAAAUAUUACGCCAAAUGGUCUACAAAACAACCUAUCAGUAGUGACUUACAGUCAGGGCUGUCAUGGGCCCUACCCUUUUGGACAGUCUUAAGAGAAAAGAAUCAUCAUCACCACCAGGCAGCUCAGUGGAGCCGUCACUCUGGACUCCCCCUUUUCUGCUGGGUUACGCAGAGGAGCAACAGAUUUCUUAUAAAGACUUGACAACCCUACUCUCCCCUUGCGUUACAACACAACCUAAGAUAUGGACAAGGCUGUUUGGAUCUAAAUCAUCAUUCAGCCAUCUUAAACACGCAUGUGUGAAUGCUAAAUUAAGACGAGUGCUAGAAAUCCUCAAAGUCAAAUACACAGGUUUUUUUUUUUUAUUGUUGCGUUGCUGCAAUAGUCAGGUGAGCUGGUGUGUAUGUGUGUGUGUGUGUGUGUGUGUGUGUGUGAAGGAGUGAGUGUAAGAGACAGGUCGUGUACGUGUGCUUGUAAGCUUGUGUGGACCAUGCACAAAAGAGAGAUGAAAAAAGCCAUUGAAAAAUAACUUUUGCUUGUCAAGAAACUUUUAUAAUUUUCAUUGUGAACCAUCUGAUUUUACUGAGAAAUCACUUCAUUUUUUAAAGAUAUUGAUUCGUUCUAAACAGAGUUAUUAUCGGAGAUCUCAGCAGUACUUCUAGUCAAAAGUAGCUUUCAGGAUCACUACACAAACUCAACAGUAGUGCUUGUUAAAGGCCAGAAGAUGGAACUGUUGAACCGCUGAACAUACAAACACACAGCUAUGUAAAACUACAGCUUAAUAGGGCACUCAAUUUUUCUCAGCAAAGUUCACAACCAAGGAGUUCUACAGCUCCGAAUUAUACCGUUAUUAUAUUGGUAUGCCCUAUGAUAUUGUCAUUGUGGUCAGUCAUGUGAUAUAUUCAUUUUCCUUCGAUGGUCAAGAGCUUUUGAGCUUGUGUGGUGGUUUAAAUCCUAGAAGCUCACGAUUAUGGCAUAAAUGUUUAGCUCAAGCAUUAAUUUCAGGAAAACUGUUUUUAAUGCAAGAGACUUCAGAAGCACAUUGUUAUGGAUUAUUUGGUUGGGUCUUUUUUUCCCAGGUCCAGAAAGAUUUUUACAAAUUAAAUUUAUCAAACUCUCUUCA